AUGCCUAAACCCCUCGACAUCUCCAAUCCAUCGGAUGACAUCUGUCCCAUAUGUAAAUCCAACCGUUAUCUCAACCGCGAUCUCGAAUUCCUGAUCAACCCAGAAUGCUACCAUAAGAUGUGUUCCACCUGCGUGGACCGCAUCUUCACCUCCGGACCCGCGCCGUGUCCCGUUCUCCACUGCGGUCGCACAUUACGAAAAAAAGGAUUCAAAUCUGCUUUUUUUGAGGAUCUAGGCAUAGAACGUGAAUGUGAUAUUCGACGUCGAGUAAGCGAAGUGUUCAAUCGCAACGAAGAUGAUUUUGAGACGUUGUUAGAUUACAACAACUAUUUAGAAGAGACGGAAUGCAUGGUCUUUGAUCUGGUGAAUGGGAAGGGCAAAGUAAAACAAGAUGCGGAGGAGAAGCUAAGGAGGUUUAGAGAAGCGAACCGCGGAGCCAUUGAGGAGAAUAAGAAUGCGAGGUUGAGGGAGGUGGAGAUGGGGAAGAGGAAGGAGUUGGAGGACAGGGAGAUGGCGAAACAGAGGAGACUGGCGGCUAUGAGAGAAGAGGCGGAGGAGAAGGCUGAUGUUGAGAAGAGUCGCAAGCAGGUUUUGGACCAAUUGGCUACCGGCAAGGGAAAUGCAGCUGAUAUCACACAACAAGCGCACAAGAUUAUUUUGAAGAAGACUUCGGCGAGAAGGACCUUGGGAGAAAGGGAUGCUGCGGUCAGUGCCGGAACUGGUAGCGCUGAUGGAGAGGGCCUUACGAUUAGAGGUCUAAAGAAGAAGGUGGCGCCUGUGGCAGAGAAACCUUAUGAUCCAUUUGGAGGAGUCGUUCUUACGCCUACGAGAUACGUAUUACGGGAUGACUAUGAGAACCAGUGGGUCGAUAAGAGUGUCAAGCGUGACCCCAAACACAUGGCUGGUGGUUAUAGCCUUCAGGAAUAUUAUGGAAGAGCUAUGCACGAUGCUUUUAGUGGCCUUGAAAUAUUUAUCGAGGAUGAGAUGCGAGAUCGAGUUCAAUCGAGCUCUCCUUCUGGUGCUACCAUAGCAGCCGCACAAGCAUCUACGGGGAAGAUAAAGCUAAAGGUGGCGGAUAGAAUGGAAGUAGAUGAUGUAUUUUGA